AUGCGGAUGUUAAAACAACACAUAAAUUGCCAAAUCCAGUGGAAGCGGCUAAUUUGGAAAAUAAAAGACACAAAUGGAAAUCGAAUAGGUGUCAAUUAUGCAAACGUGUCGUCAACAUGCAAAAUUGUUAAAGGUGAAGUGGAAGGAACUGCAGGGUCAGACGACGAGCAGGAUGGUCAACAUGAAUUCAAAGUAGAAGAUUCAAGUGGUGGAAGAGGAACAUUAUCCAUAGUCAGACACAAUAACAACAAUAAGAACUUUCAUAGCAAGUUCAAAAGGAACAUGUUGACAAAACUGCCAUAUUUGUCAAAAGAUGUUUCUCUUGAAAAAUGUGAAAUUAUAAGCAAGGAAGUAGAUCCUGUUAAAAAGAAAAUAGAACUACUCAUACGAAAGAACAUGUUAGGGAAUCUAAACGAAACGGUGUUUCAAAUUCUGUCAGUUAUAAAUGAACAUCCGAGAAAUAAAAAUGUGUACAUAAAUAAAAACCUUUUAAUUUCUUUUCAUAGUUUGCUAAUAAAAAAGAAAUAUUAUCUUAACAUUUUCAAGAACAACAUAUGCGACAAUUUUUACAUGAACAUAUUUGAUUACAUCCACCACAAUAUCAACUUGCAUCUAAGACACUACAACUUGAAAAAUGUGAGUGAGUUCCUCCCAGAUAUUUCAAAAUAUAUGCACAAAAUUGAUCCAAGUAAAAACACGAAAGAAUUAGUGACUAAUAUUUUUUAUUUCCAUUUUUUUGUCUAUUUUAAUAAAUUUUACUACUAUCGAAAAAGGAGAAAUGACAUUCGGACAGGUGACCAUUACAGCAAUGAAUGCAGAUCAAAUUAUUACAUCUCUAAGGAUGAGGAGGUGGAAUAUGGACACAGAAAAAAAGAUACAAAUAAUUACAAACAAUGUAAUAGUUUAUCAGAUUAUAUGUAUGAUGAAAUUCAGAAAGAUCGGGAAAAGUGCAAAUGGAAGGAAGAAAUCUCUAAAAGAAGAGGACUCAUAUUUGGUGGAGACAUUCCAAAUGGAGUUAUGGAUAACCGAAUAAUCACAAAUGAAAAAGAAGUGGAAUUUCCACAAAAAGUAAAUAAGCAACAAUUUGACAAUGUUCAGAAGGAUGAAAUAAUUUUUUACCAAUUGAAUAGAUAUGUUGUUUUCUUAAGUAACCACACUGCAUAUGCUAACGAAAAGAUUCUGCAUAACAUUUCAACACUAGCUAAAAAAGUCAUAGAAAUAGGAAUAAAUGACAAAUUAGCACUUUCAUUUCUAUCAUCAAGCAUGAGCAUUUUUAAUAAGCUGAGAGGAAAAUACAAGCUGAACAUUUUGAUUUAUAAAAAAGUGAACUAUGAAAUACUGCACUUUAUUUUAAAAAAAUGGGGCACAAAAUUUGGAAAAUUGGUAGAGAAUAAAGCAACUCCCGUAGUUGGAAAUUUUCUACAUUCACAAGGAAGUAAUAAAAAUGAUUCCCUUUUUCAGGAGGAACAUUCAAUCGAAGCAGCUUCCAUCAUUCCCUUCGCUUUUGAGAAAAAAUCGAAAAAUAAUAACAACUCAAGUGAAGCACCAAAAAUGUGGGAAUACUCGCACAUAAUUCAUGUCAUAAACAUUUUGAAAGUGAAGAAUUUACUGUAUUCCCAAAUUUCCUUUUCAGUGGAAGUGGAGGAGCAUCUGAUAAGUCUCUUCAAUGCUAUUAUGAACCUCUUUCAGGAUCGCUUUUUUUCAUGCAUGAUGGAAGGACAAGAAUCUUUUUCUCAAUGGAAUGGUGCACGUACUCAAAAUGAGCUUAACAGUGUUAUUUUAAUAUACGUAAAUUUGUCAAUCCUAUUGAAUGAAUUAAAAAAUGGGGAUAAGCUUCUUUUACACAUUUUACCAAUUUUGAACAAAUGUCAUUGGAUCGUACACACAUACUAUUAUAUGCUCCACGAGAAUAUGAUAAUCAACAUUGUGAGAGGAAUUUACCAUGAAUUAUUAGCAUACUCAUACCUGAAGCCAUUUAAAAGUUAUUUCUAUCAAAUGGAAGAAGAAGAAGAAGAAGAAGAAGAAGAGCCCAUCAGUUUUGUAAGCCCCUUAGACAAAAUUCAACCACAUCGAGCAGAUAAAUGUAGAGGUGAAGAAUUACUAGUUCUGAAAAAAUUGCUACAUCUGGCAAAGGACAUAUCAAACUCUUUCAUCUUCCCCAUCAGAGAUGAGAGGAAACCAAACAUGAAUAAACUAAUAACAGUAGUACAUUACUUGCAUAAAAUAAAUAAGAUUUUCAUUACGUUCAAUACCAAUGAUAUGCUAAAAAUGUGCAUUUUAAACUUUUUAAAAGAAAUUGAGAAAAGAGUAAACAACGAAGAAGGGGAAUUGUCAAACCAUAACAUCUUAAUAUUUCUCAACAUAUAUUUAUCACAUCGAAGUGAAAAAUUAAAUAUAUCUUUACUGCACGCUUGCUUCAACUAUUUGAAUACAAAUGAUUCCAAUUUGUUUGAACAUGAAACGGAAAUUAUCAUGUUUCUUAAUUUUCUCAAAAAAUUCAAUGAUAUGGGAAAGACAUGGAAUCGUUCGAAGUGUCCCCUUCCCAAUUGGAAUAGCUUAAAUUUUGUGUUUAAAUCGGAGGGAAGUUCCCACGAUUAUGAACCUUCUGCUGAUGCGGAUGAAAUGGCUGACACGGAUCGGGACAAACAAGACAGCUUUUUUCUGCAAAGGAAAACAGAAUCUUGCGACAGGACAGUAGACAGUGUAAACAAAAUGGUGACACAUCUAGCAGAUAAAAUUACAAAAUUGCUGUUCUUCCAAAAAGAAUCACCAAAAUUGAAUUCGUCACGAAAAAGUGAAAAAAAACCAAUAAAUGAACCCAUUUUUGGCAUGAACACAAGCAGGUAUUAUCCACACAUUAGCCAAUUUUCGAGAAGAACAUAUCCAAUUAAUGUGUACUUUAUGGCAUAUGAAAACAUUUCAUCAAAUUACAUAAAUGAAGAAUCUACAAGAGAGACAUUACUUAAUUACUUAACUGAGCUUGUACAGCAUGAAAGGAGAAAAUUAAAUGAAGAAAAUUUCUUUUUCAUUAUUUCUUCUCUCUUGAAAAACAGGAACCUCGACCAUGAUAUUUACUUCCUGUAUAAUGAAUAUUUAAAAUCAAAUGCGAGAAAAGUACAAAUGAAGUAUGUCUUUUUUGUGUUGAAGCGAAUUUUUGAGGAAUUUGACCAGGUUAAGAAGUUUAGAAAACAUGCUUCUGCCCCUAGCUGCAUCCAUAUGGAAGCAAAGAAGAAUGAAAAGGAAAUGUAUAGUGACGGAUACCCACUGUUGAAUAUCAUAAGAACAUCUUGUAAUCUGAUACUAUGCGAUAAAAGGUACCAACAAAAUUUCAGUUUUUUAAAAGAAAUUUUACACGUAUAUUUUGAGAAAUAUCCAAACUUAGGUGAUAUUAUACCCGAAGUUAACAUGUUCGUGUUAACCCACUUUAACACUUUUGUUAAUUGUAAAGAGAAAUUAAAUGAAAAUGAACUCGUCAGGAUCAUUUACAAUAUAUCUAGCUUUUACUACACUAUUAAUAGAUAUUCAUAUGAAACAAACAAAAAAUUAUACCUUAUUAAUACUAGUAUAGAUGAAAAAAAAGAAACAUUAAAAAUUGGAAAAGAUGCAUGCAAACACAUGGGAAACACAGUAUUUAUAGCAGACAGAGUAGAAGACGUAGAUAGGGAACCCAUAAACAUACAAGUACCACUAUUACCAUUGUCUUCAACUCAGAAUCUAACUCCUUCAUCAGAAUCGUCAUACAACUUGACUCUCCUCCCUGGAUUGCAAACUUCUUCUUCGUCGUCUUCUCCACUUUCACAGCAUAACAUCCUCCAGAAAGAAACAAAACAAACGCAAAUAAAACAUAGAUGUGCUGAUAAUUACGAUUCACAUGGGAAUAGACAACAUGACAAUUUCCCGAAUUGGGAAAAAAAUAUCAUAAACUACAAUGAGCAUAACAUAAAAAAUAAACUAAUAAAACAGCUAAAUUGUCUCUUAGAUACAUUAUACAGUGAAAAAAUAAAACGUGGAAUUAAGGACCAUAUAAAAUUAACAUCUAGUAAUAUUAUACAUGUGCUUAUUUCUUUGAAGAAUGCCAAAAUACGCCAUACGGGAUUAAUUCAUGUUCUAUCGAAAUGGUACAUUUCAUAUAUUUUUUCUUCUAAAAAAAACGAGGAUCCUAAAUUAGAACUACAGAUUAGGUUCUUUAACAGUGUCGUGUUUUUGGAUUCUUUAGAAGAAAUCAAUAAGAUCUUUCAACAGAUGGAUCCUUGCCAGCUUACUGUACCUGAUCAGCCUCAAACGGAGCAGCAACAAAUUGAACACCCAUGUGAGACUCAUGAAAAGAAGAAAUUGAUACAUGUUUUCUAUGCACACUUUAUACAACUCCCCAUACAAGCCUUGUACACACCAAACAUAACAAGUUAUCUUCUCAAUUUCAUCUCCAUCGUGGAUUAUAUGCCUAUGGAACAUCAGAGACGAGGUUGUUGGAAGGUAAUCAUUUGGAUCCAUGAAUUGGUUAAAAUUUUCUUUCCUUAUAAAGUUGUGGAUUCUAAAUGUCUUGCUCAUUUCAGCAGAAAUGUUGCUAAAUGCAGUAAUAAAUACACGUCCAACUAUUCUCCCAUAACCCAUCUUGACAAAAGAAAUAUCUUUUUCCUUCUAACACUGCUGCCACUGGGAAAGUACCCGAACGUACACGUUUCAUCAUUCCCUCUCGAUUUCCUCAAGCGGUUUUACAACAAUUUCAUUCGAAGUGAUUUGUCCUAUCUGAAUAAUUCAAGGGUUAGAUCUUCCUCCACUCAUCAAAGCAUUUACGAAUUUGUACACACAUUUUUAAAGAAAGAACUAACCGAUUAUGACAUUUACAACGAAACACAGGUUCUCUUCUACAAGGUUGACAUAGUCAUCCGUACAAGAGGUAAUACCACCCGUUCCUCGUGCUUCAAUUUUAGCCAUUUCGAUUCACACUCAAAGACGUGCUGA